AAAAGAAACUAUAUCAUUUUAUAUGCACAUUGUUUGAUAAAUUUGCUACCGAAAAAUUCUCAGUUUCUCGUCGACGCCCGCACUGAUAUUGUGAAUAUCGCUGCUGGUUGAGUUUGAUAAACCCGGAUCUUGUGCACCAGCUGACCCAGAGUAAACAGUGCUGAGAGGAAGGUGAAGUUUCUGCUCUCAGUCUCCAUAAAGCUCGCGAAAGCUUUGGAUUUACGCACAUUAUUUAAUCGCCGAACGCUGGAAGAGAUGACCUCGUCCAAACGAAGUGAAAGUGACUGGCAAGGUUUAGUGAACGAGUUCUUGAUAUGCAAACGUAAGCUGGAGAGCAAGAAGGAUGGCCUCCUCAUUCUGUCCAAAGAGCUGGACAGCUGUCAGCAGGAGAGAGACCAGUACAAGCUGAUGGCCAACCAGCUGCGAGAGACUCACCAGAGCUUGAAGAAGAAAUACAGGGAACUGAUUGAUGGUGACUCUUCACUUCCCCCAGAAAAACGUAAACAGGUCAGUCUGUCUCAGUUGUUGAUGGAUUCGAGGGAGAGAAACAAGCAGCUUGCUGAAGAGAUAAAGGAACUGACUCAGAGACUCACUGAGACACAGGGAGACAAUAAGCUGUUAAGAAUGACCAUCACCAAACAGAGGCUUGGGGACGAUGAAGUCGGGGUCAGACAUUUCCCUGCUCAUGAGCGCGAGGAUCUGGUCAGGCAGCUGGAGAAAGCAGCACUGCAUAGAGAUGAACUUGAACACAGUCUGAAGACGCUGAGCGAUGAACUGCAGGAUAUAAAGGCAGAGAGGACCGUGUUCAAGGAGAAGGCCGAGCGUCUCAACCUCGAGCUGAACCACAUCUUGGGCGGCCAGGAGAAACGCAUCAUUGACGUGGACACGCUCUGCAUGGAGAACAAGUACUUGCAAGAGAGAUUCAAACAAGUUCAAGAGGAGGUCGGUCUGUUGAAGAGUAACAUACAGAAAUAUAAGACCGCUCUGGAUCGCAGAAGAAACCCUGAGAUCGGUGGCAAGUCUAAAAGCAGCGCUCUUUCUGGAGUCCUGUCUCCUAAACAAGUGCAGGGUUUGUUGUCCGAGGACAAUAGGUGCAGUUUACCGGCCACACCUCAGUCCAUCGCAGACCUGAAGUCUCUAGCCACAGCCUUACUGGAGACCAUUCAUGAGAAGAACAUAAUCAUUCAACACCAAAGACAGACCAACAGAAUUCUGGGAAACCGAGUUUCUGAUUUGGAGAGAAAGUUAAAGACUCUGGAAAUUUCUGGGCUUUGGAGUCUCCCAGGAGGCACAGAUGCCAUCGCUCUGAGCGCCGCUCCUCUGUCCUCCAUCGACCGUCCACAGAGAACCACUAACCCACGGCCCGCUGCAGAUGACAGGACAGGAAGAGGAGGGCCGUCGCCGUGGGAGCAGGACACAGCUGGCCGUGACAUGUGGCCCGGUCCAGAUGGAGGCGGAGAGGAGGCGGACGCACCUGUCACCCCUGACAUCGGGGAGGAGAGCGUCUUGUGCGGGACAGACAUUGGGAGGCAGACUAAUGGGCAGGUCAGGGCCGAGGUGAAGGAGGGUCCUGUGGAAAAACACACGGGCGUUUGCACAAAAACACGUUCCGCUCGGGAAACGGAGGGAAGCCCGGCUGUGGAAGAGGGCCAGGUUUUGGCGGAGGAUCCUGCACAGAUAGCUUCAGUUACUCUUGACCAAACCGCCUGGGAAAAGGCAGACUUUCACGCCUCUGUGGGACUGAAGAGAGCUUGCUCUGAAGAUAUUCCUGAAGGUUCCUCCAUUAAGAAGGAGCCUGUUGAGCAAAGUGACUCUGUUUUGUUAUAGGACGGGGAAAUGAAGGUCUUAAAAAAAUGCCUAUAUGUUGCAAUUUAUUGUUUAGAUAUAAAACAGCUGAAUAAACAAUCCAUGUUACAUAAAGUAUGCAAUACUGAAGCAAAAAACCCUUGAUUUUCAAUUUUGUGUGUCUUAUUCGCUUGCUCAGUAGUUUUGUCUUGUUUUCCCAGUACAAAUAUUUAAUAAUUUUUAAUUUUAAUUGGAGUGCAUUUAAUUGAUGUGCAAAAUUACCUCUUCUCUGAGAAAAAAAAUUUUUUUUUAAAGUCUGUCCAUUGGGUAAUAAAAAUAAACAAUUCACUCAGAAGGGGCCGAGAGUCAGUGUCUCCUAAGCACCGUCAGAAGAGGUUGCUUUGCUUAGAAAAACAUCAAAUGUGGCAAUUUAGGCUAUUGGUCAG